UGGCUUGAGGUGCUGGCCUCUACGUGUCAAGACAUCUCUGCUGAGUCACUUGGCACGGGGCAUAAUCCGACUGUCGUUCGGGCCGGUCCUGGAUGCGGCCGAAUAUUGGCUCUUUUCGCUGCUCUAGGCUCCCCUGCACGAUGCUAUUUCUAGUCUCUUCACUGCGAGUUCAUUACAGAAUCUUGUUUCUGAGCAUCUGUUCCUUCACGCGAGCGAAGAAUUUCUCGAGCUUUAUCACCUUCGUAAGUGCCUCUCGCCCUGAUUUUUCACCUCUAUUCUGGCUGCGCUUUCCUGUACAUGUUUCUGGCCCCGAUGGAUCGGACUUCUGUCUUGUUUUUUCUUUCUUCUUUCCAGCUGCGGGACGGUUCGGGAUCGGCCUUCUCUUCUUUUCAUUCGAUAUUGGAAAUGCUGCCGCUGUGAAUUUUCUAUGAAUGAAUCAUUUCUGCCCCGCCAUCAUCAACCCGUUCCUUCGAGUAUUCUGCCAGCAUGGGCCAAGUGGGCUCUUCUUUAUCAUGCAUGCAGAGUCUUUAGAACACUUCUCUUGAAAAGUUUCUUUGGCAGGCUUUCACGACGUGGGCUAUCUCCAACCGUUUCCUUCAAUCUUGCAAAUUUCCUUGUCUCGCCUUGUUGCCCUCCUGAUUGAUCCCGUUUUCCUUCUAUCUUGUGAGACACGCGAAGUUUUAUAGAACUCUUAGCCUCAUUCAAUCCAGUUCAAUGUCACGUAUAUCGAUUCUUCCCGUUAAAAGCUUGACACCCAAUGUUUAUCAGUCAGCCUAGAGGUCUUUUCUUAGCGUGAAAUGCACCUCCAGGCACCUGUUUGGUCAUAGUCUUCAACAUCUGGUCCGCAUUGCAUUGGAAGCAAGACACCUUUACUGGAACUUGCGGUUUUCAUAUCAUAGCUAGCUGCGAAUACUAGUACUGCACUCCACGAUCAAAGAUGGAACCUUCACCUGAACAAGCUCGCAAUCACCCUCAUCAUCAUGAGACCUAUGAACAUGCGAAGAACGUCAAGAAAGGCUCCGAAAGGCUGGACAGACGAUCAGCAACAGCUCACAGUGGGCCAAAGAAGAGUGGACAUGGAGGUAAGUUUACAUGGGACGGACCAACCUCCCAAGAGGAUUAUGAAAACGACGCUGUCGUGGUUUUAGAUAAGAAGGAUCCGAACUACAUUGAUGAAGACCAGGAAGCUGAAGACAAGAAAGUCGCGGUGAGUGUUGUCGAGGUUCCCAAGGUGACUCCAGUGGGUGCAGGCGAGGCAAAGGAGCCAAUCGCGAACUGAGGGGUACCGUCACUGUCACUGGAGCGGAAGAUCGAUAAAUUGGCAGUUUUGGCUUCACUAAGUGCCACAUUUGACAUGGUGUAUAUAGUCCAAGUUUAGGAGCAACCUGGAAGAAUGUAUAUCGUACAUUCGGUGUAUAUGUAUGUGACUCAUGCAGGAACAGUUCAUGGCUGGUAUUGCAGCUCGCAGUUUUUGGGACCUUGCUUAACAAGCUUCUGAAGUUGGAAACAUGCGUCCUUAGAAGUCUACUUCGAACUUUUAAUUCAUUUGACAGUUUAGAAAUUCUCGUAGCAAGGCAUAGGGAUAGUUAUGUUACUCGAUGUACUCGAUCUGGCAGGGAAUUUUGUAAGCUGACUUUAAAGUCGUCACCCGUACUCCAGUGUUCUCACCAAAGCAAGCUUCAAUUAUAAAGUUGAUCGUUCAGACAUA